UUAGUGUAUUUAGUGAAUGUCACUUUUUGUCAUUUUCAAAUUUCCAUCCCUGUACGUCCCGACGUUUGCAGGGGACGGAACCCAGAUGACAGAUGCCGGCAUCCGCCGGAGGACAUUGCCGGGGACACUGCAGGAGAGACAUCGCGGGAGCCAGGACAAGGUAGAAGAAGAACAGAUCCCGGAGUAGCGCCGCAUGGUAAGCCCGAGUGUAGCUCGGGGUUACCGCUUGUGGUACUGAAACUUUACCCCAAGCUAUACUCGGGAAUACCGCCAGGGGGGGGUAGCUAUUCUUCUUUUUGAUGCUUUAUUAAAACUUGGAUGUGUAUAGGGUAACUGUGGGAUACUCCAGUAAUGUAAAGUAACAACUUGAGGGCAAUUUCCUCUUUCUCAAAGCUUCCUAGCACAGCUUUUGCAGCAG